AAGCCCAAUAUAUACAGCGAAACAUUUAACAAGAAACAUAAUAAAUAUUUGUAAAAACUGUGAAACCUGUAUAAAAAACAAAUCAAGAGGACAAGGAAAAUUUGGAUAUAUGUCACAUCUGGGACCAGCAACGAAACCAUUUGAAAUCAUGUCUAUAGAUACAAUUGGUGGUUUUGGGGGAUCCAGAUCUACAAAAAAAUAUCUACAUCUUUUGGUAGAUCAUUUUACAAGAUUUGCAUUUAUUGUAACAUCAAAAACACAGAGUGCAUGUGACUUUAUAAAAUUAGUGAAGUAUGUACUGGAAACAGAUGAAAUUGGAAUGAUUCUAACAGAUCAAUAUCCUGGAAUUAACUCUAGAGAAUUUAAACAGUACCUUGAGGAAAAUAAUAUUAAAUUAGUAUUUACUGCGGUAAAUACACCAUUUUCGAAUGGACUGAAUGAAAGAUUAAAUCAAACCAUAGUGAAUAAAAUAAGGUGUAGAAUAAAUGAAAAAAAGAAUAAAAAAACUUGGACUACAGUAGCUAGAGAAUGUAUAGAUAAAUAUAAUGAGACAGAACAUUCAGUUACAGGAUUUGCUCCGAAAUAUUUACUAGAUGGCACAAAUGUUACCAUCCUACCAAAUGAACUGAAGGUUCUAAAAAAAGAAGAUCAGUGGAUUGAAGACAAAAAACUAGCAUUAGAGAACACCAAAAGAUCACAUGAUUACAAUAAGAAAAUAUUUGAUAAAAACCGAAAGCCAUGUGAAUUUAAUAUAGGAGACAGAGUAUAUGUAGAAAACGGAAACAAAUUAAACAGAAAGAAAUUAGAUGAAUUGAAAAUUGGUCCUUUUGAAAUAGUGGAAAAAAUUUCAAACUCAAUUUACAGAAUUAACACUGGAAACAAGAAAGCUGAAUCUACUUUAUUUCAUAUAACAAAAUUACAACCUAUUCAAACAGAUAGUGAAGCACAUGAUGAAGACAAUACAUUAUAAAAAAUUCUAUGAGAAAUUUUCACCCCUGGUGGGGGAGAUAUAAAGAAAUUCUUUAUAAUAAUAUAAUUAAAUAUUUCAACAAUUCAAAUUUUGGCGCGUUCCGCGCUGUUGAUUGCAAGGAGUGUCAAAGGGAGCUGUCAAUAGAAAUAACAUAAAAAUGGAUCGUGCAAAAACAAGUGUGCGUGAAUAAGGUUAUAUAAAAUAUAUUAUAAAAAGACAGUAAUAGUUAAAUAAUAAUUGUAAUAAACUUUAAAUGUCGUUUCUUUGUUUACAGAGAAACAAAUUUUAGUUUAUUUUAUAAAGAAACCCUGAAAAUAUCAU